GGGGUAUACACUAUGAUAUGUUUUUACUAUGUUACAUAUGUUUUUCUCACUUUCCUAUGCAUCUCCGUCGUCUACUUAAGUACUUCCUCGAUGUCUUUGGAGUGGUAUGGAAUAAUGGGCGUGCGGCUCCGCCGGGCUUGCCAUCACCGGUGACCUGUAAAAAUGAGCGCCUACCUUGAAAUACGUAAACUGGAUCGCAGCACUAGAUAGUGUCCUCCUCACUCUGCUUGCCGUUGACCUGAAAUAUGCCUAAGGAAAGUCACGUCGAUGUGCUUAUCGUGGGCGCUGGGCCAGCAGGAGUGAUGUGCGCUAACGCACUUGCUGCCGCUGGCAUUGAUGUCAAAAUUGUGGACCAAAGAUCAUCAAAAAUAUCAACAGGACAAGCGGACGGUAUCCAACCCAGGACGAUUGAAGUUCUUCAGAGCUAUGGCCUCGCGGAGCGUUUGCUAAAGGAAGGGUGCCAAAUGCACAUGUGUGCAUUCUAUAACCCUGAUCAUGACGGUGUUCUCGCACGUACCGGACGCGCACCUGAUAUCACUGCUCCAACAGCUCGCUAUCCUUUUGAGGUCCUGCUCAACCAAGGAGCUGUCGAGUCAAUCUUUAUCGAUUCAAUGAACAGACACGGCCUUGCAAUCGAUCGUCCCAUUGUACCUGCUUCGAUUGAACUGUCCAAUGAUCCAGUGCAGCUUGCAGAUCCGUUUUGUUAUCCAGUGAAGGUGACUUUGGAUCGUCUAGAUACCCCAGGAAAACAAGAGAUAGUGCACGCUCGUUAUCUCGUAGGUUGUGAUGGAGCCCAUUCAUGGGUACGCAAGACACUGGGCAUCACUAUGGACGGGGAGCAGACAGAUUAUAUCUGGGGUGUUGUUGAUGUCAUAGCCGACACGGAUUUCCCAGACAUCCGUAACAGAAGUGCCAUUCAUUCCACGAGUGGAUCAUGCAUGAUCAUACCGCGUGAAGGGGAGAAAGUACGUUUUUACAUCCAACUGUCCGACAGCGAUGUUUUGGAUCCAGUUACUGGGCGGGUGGAUAAAAACAGGAUGAGCCCAGAGAAAUUACUCGAGGUUGCCAGGAAGAUAUUGCGUCCCUACACAGUUGAUGAACCAAAGAUGUAUGAUUGGUGGACGAUUUACAUUAUUGGACAGCGGGUGGCGUCAAGAUUUUCUGUCAACGAACGAAUAUUCAUUGCAGGGGAUGCGUGCCACACACAUUCUCCGAAGGCUGGACAGGGCAUGAAUGCCAGCAUGAACGAUACGCACAACCUUGCAUGGAAACUCGUGCAGGUCAUAAGAGGCCGAGCGGACAUUUCCCUAUUGAAAACGUAUGAACUCGAGCGCAAAAAAUACGCACAAGAUCUGAUCGAUUUCGAUCGCGAGUUCUCCACCUUGUUUUCAGGGAAGCCAAGGACGAUGGAUAACGACGAUGGCGUGUCGCAUGAACAAUUCCUGAGAGCUUUCCAGGCUGGUGGUGGUUUUACCAGUGGCAUCGGUGUCCAUUAUAUGCCUUCCGCUAUCACGAAUGAAAUACAUCAACAGCGUGCACCUCACCUCAUCAUCGGCGAACGUAUGCCCCCCCAAAUGUUCGUCCGCGCGGCAGAUGCGCGUCCCUACGACAUUCAGGACAUGCUCCCGUCUGACACACGGUUCAAGCUUUUGUUUUUCGUUGGCUACUUGAUAGAAGAGCGCCUCAGAGAAUUAAACACCCUCUCAGAGGAAAUGCAAGAUCCUUCAUGUUUCCUGCAGAAGUACGGUUAUCCCUCAAAGGGGACAGCCCAAGGCAUGUUCGACAUCAUCACUAUCAUGUCUGGUGACAAGGAACACGUGGAAUUUACUCGUGUACCUGCGUUGUUUAGACCUCACUGGUCCAAAGUUCUGCUAGAUGAUACUGAUUCUACGGGAAACCUAGGCGGUGGAGCAUACACGAGGUUCGGUAUCGACCCAAGGAAUGUGACAUUGGUCAUAGUCCGCCCUGAUGGGUAUGUUGGCAUGAUUGCGCCUGCGAGUGCAUUGGACGACGUCGGCGGCUACUUCGCGGCUUUUACAAUUCCUCGAGAGGACAGUAUUGAGGUAGCCGGGCCAUAAAUAUUGUAUUAACAAUCAACAAUCCCAUUGGAAACUUUGUCGUUGACUUAGAAUCAGAUUCAAAUGGGACGUGCGUUAAGGCAUCUUGGGUGCUGGUCCGUGCGAUGUCGAGGAAAUACGAGGUUUGAAUGAUAGCAGCCCUUUUACUGCUCCAAUUGCUAGGGAGCUGUUGAUGAGAAGGGUGUCAGGGGUCCAAUAAACAGGGAGAUCGAGGUCACCACAAACAGCUCUGUCGGAAUCCACUUCUCUAGUAGUCGGGAAACCCGUUGCAUCGAAGUAC